GAUUUCGGACAAAAUUUUAACUAAAUUUUUUUUAGCCAAUGUUAUGUGAUGCGAUUUUAGAUGCUGGUGUAAAUUUCUAAAUCAUUAUGUUAUAUACAAGUAGUCUUUGAUUACAAUUGUUCAAAAAGUCUUCAAUAAUUUCAAAUCCUAGUCGAAAAUUGAUGCAUUACGAACGAUUUAGAGUGCGCAUCAGGCGCAUGGUUAUAUGUCUACUUUCUAAUAUCCAUGUGAAAUUACGUGGCAGAAAUAACGUCAAGAUGAGUAGUUAGAGGUUUAUGAGUAGGCUUAAACUAAACGAUAUAUCAGUUGUGGAAAUCGAUAUGAUUUUUAGAUAUUUACGGAAUAAUACUGAUGUAUAGACUGAAUAACAUUUAAAAUGUUUAAUACGCAACAUUUUUGUUAGAGCAAAUAUUCGUGAAUGAUAAUAAUUACUGGUAAUGGUAUAAGUUAUAACUAAAAAGUACAAGGUGAAUUUGUAUUCCGUGUUGUAGCACUAGCCGUACUGUUACUAGUGUUAGUGUUACAAUUAAUAAUUUAAAUUCUAAAUUAAGUACGUUACUGCCACUAGUUAGUAGUACUACUUCUAUUAGUAGUACUAUUAUACUUAUAGUGUUAAAUGUAAAGCUCUAAAUUACCUUAAUAAAUACCAUUGAUAUAAAAAAUUUUAUAACUUGUACUUUUAUAGUUAUAACUUAUAUUUAUACUCUAUAGUACUAAUACUAUAUAUACUUAGUAUUAGUAUUACUACUGACGUUAGCUUUUGCCUACUUGGAAGAGUGAGUCGGAUUAAAAAUUUAAAAUAAGAUGGGCUUGUGCAAGUGUCCCAAAAAAAAGGUUACAAACCAGUUUUGUUUUGAACAUCGUGUGAACGUUUGUGAACAUUGUAUGGUAACUAAUCAUCCAAAGUGUAUUGUACAAUCUUACCUUCAGUGGCUUCAAGACAGUGAUUAUGAUCCUUUGUGCCAGCUAUGUAAGGUACCACUUGGGAAAGACACAUGCGUGCGUCUUUUAUGCUAUCAUGUUUUUCACUGGCAAUGUUUGGAUAAGUUUGCUAGCCAGUUAGCUCCAAACACAGCUCCUGCUGGCUUUACUUGUCCUACUUGUGGCUCUGGAAUUUUUCCAGCAUCCAACCUUGUGUCACCUGUUGCUGAUUCUCUCAGAAAAUUACUUGUCACAGUAACUUGGGCACGAGAGGGAUUGGGAACACCUUUAAUUGAUGGGAAAAUUAUAAUAGAAAAAAAUCAAACAAGACAACUUCCAGAUGACUCGUCUCCAGCAACUGGAACAAACCAGUAUAAUGUUUUGCCCCCGCCAAGUUGUCAACCUGAAACGUCUUCAAAUCCAAACACAACCACAACUUAUAAUCUUGUUACAGUGGAUGCUAUUGCUAACAACAGAGCUGACCAUUUCAGUGUCACAGGUCCUUUUACAGCAGGUCAGUAUCUGUCAUCAACUAGGAAGGUUUAUGAUGCUACUUUGGAUGAUAGUUUUUGUGCCUCAUCUGUUGACCAUGAUGAAGACAAGUAUAAACGCCGUUCUGCUCUAGAAUGGUUUGCUAGAUGGUUUAAAUCCCGUACUUCCACUGGCAACAAAAAACGGAGAGGUCCACCUCACUUGUAUAAACGCUGGAUAAUACUUGCAGUGUUGGUGUCUAUAGGGUUGUGUACAAUAGUGCUUCUGUCACUCCGCUGGGGGCGUGCCAGUGCUGAAUAUGAUCCUAUGCUAGACCCUCACUUUAACCCAAAUAUCCGAGUACAAGAUGGAGAUGGCAUCCCUGUAGUUAAUGGUGAUUUCAGAGACAAACCUAAAGCAGCUCCCAAUGUUGUUGAGUAAGAAAAAACUAAUAUUGCAAGGUUAUGAUAGUUAUAACAUGGAGUAAUUCAGUCAUUUUGAAUAAAAGAAGUGAACUAAGGGAUAUUGAGUAAACAACUUGAAGCACUUCAAAGGUAUACUUGCACAGUGAAAGUGAACAACUCUUGUGACUGAAUUUUUGCACUGGUUGCUGGACUUUGUUACAUAAGGUUGGUUAAAUUUCCAACUUUUCUCUGUAUUGAUGAGAUUUUGAAAGAGAAAUAUUCUGUUGAACUAAAUUAACACUGAUUAGGCAUUUUAAUGUUUUCAUUCUGUUCUUAAUGUAUCUACAAGCAGAACAGUAUUUCUGUAAAGCCAAUAGAAUUUAAAAAGGAGAGGAUUGAUGAUUUACCAGACACAUUUGAGCCAAGAAAAAAUGAAGUCAGAAAAGGAAAAAAAAAACUUGCUCAAGUACAAAAAUCAGUUUUGGUACACCAUGCAUAGGUUUAUAUAACAAAUAGAACAAGUAAAAACAAAGCAGCCAAAUUUUGGUUUUGGUUUUUACUUGUGUGUGGGUGGGGAAUUGUAAUAAUGAAAGUUAUAAGAAUUUUUUUAUUAUUAUUCAGGUCACUUAAAUAAUUAUGAUAUAAGUCUUAAUUCUGUGUUUUCUGUUUUAUUAUUAAGCUACAUUCUUUGAUUAAUGACUUAUAGAAGCACACACAUUUUUUGUAUCACCUUAAUCUUGAAGUACAGUCAUCAUUAAGAAGGCUUUAAAAAUAAGUUUUGUACUUUUUUUUGGGUGUAGUAUACUUUAAUCUUAAAGUAAACAAUAGACAGUUAAUACUAGUUUUUCAAUGGCUGUGAUCUUUCAACCUGAAGGAAAAGCAGUGGCUUGUCUUCAAAUUACAUGCUGUUUCAUCUCACUGUAUACUAGAUUAUAAAGCUUAAGUAUUAUGGAAAAAAAUAAUCACUGCUUUUUUUUCUUAAUAAUUUUUUCAUUCUUGGGUUUCAAUACUUAAAAUUAAGUGAGGUUCAUGAGUAGUGAGGAGACUUCAAGAAUAACUUCUUGAUGACUUUUCCUGUUUUUGAGGUUUAGUUAAAAAGAAUCAAAAGACAUAAAUUUUUUUUUAAAUAUCUUGACAUCUGUUUGUUUUACAGCCUUGAGAUUAGUCAAUCCAUGUGUAGCACUUCAUACAGUUCUUACCAGUAUUUAUAAUAGAGUAGUGGCUAAUUAUUGCAGUUGAUUAUCUUAUAAUGGAAAUGGGGUUACAUCAAGCAAAUGCAAUUGUUUAGUGACUCAUUUGCCUAUGAAAUUGGUGAACUUUCUAUUAACUUUUGUUUCAAGAAUGUGAAGUAAAAAGGUAACAAUUAUAUGUAGUUACAACUUGCUGUCAUUAUUUUCACAACUAAAAAUUAUGUUGUGGUGGCAGUUAUACUAUUAUCAUGAAAAUUAAAAGUUAUGUAAUAUAUUUGAUGAUAAACUUUUCAGUUAUUUUAGUUUUCUUAUUCCUACUAAAUUCUUGAAUCUACAUUAUUCGUGAGUGUAGCAAAAUCAAUAUGGCAUUGAUAUCAUAAGUACCUCCAAAUAAACCUUUCUUGUAGUAUUUACACAUGCGAGAAAUGUUGUUGAAAAGUGGAUUGAUACAAGGAACCUUAUUUCAGUUUUAAAAAGGAAACUGCACAAUUAGACAUAAAAAUAUUCAACAGAAAGAUCAAGCCUAAUUUUCAUAUCAUUUCUGAUUAAAUGUUUUCUCCUAAGAACAACUACUAAAUUGUGUGAUCAAUAGCUGAAUCUGGUUUUAAGAAUAUGUGAUCAAUAGCUGAAUCUGGUUUUAAGAGUAUGUGACCAAUAGCUGAAUCUGGUUUAAGAGUAUGUGACCAAUAGCAGAAUCUGGUUUAAGAGUAUCAGCUUUCAAAUUUGUUGAGGAAAAUUUAAAGGAAUAUUCAUAUUAUAGUGAACAAAUCUCAUAUAUGUUAUGUUGGAGUAGAAUAAUAAAUUUUGUCUUUUGUGAGACAUAAGAUGGUAGGGUUCAAAUGCAAAACCUGUAUGUGUCUUGAAUGUAUAAAUAUAAGCAUAAAAUAUUAUAUUGAUGUUGUGGACGUACACGUCGACACAAACAAACAAGUAGUAGUACUAAUAAAAACAGACUCUCUUGCAAUUAUUUACAGCACAGCUAUGGACCAGUUUAGAUUUUAUUGUUUUUGUUUGUUGUGUUUUAAUUACUUAAAAUAUAUUCGAUUUUCACUGUUCAAAAACUUUUGAUCACUAAAACUAUUUUUAACCCUUCAUCUGCAGUUGACAUCAUUGAUGCAAGCAUUUUGUGUGCAACAUUUUGAAUGGCUUUCCACAAAAAUAUGCGAAUCUUUGUGCAUGGGGUGGUAGGCAGACUUACACAAACUGCAAAUGAAGGGUUAAAUACUAGAUGAUUUUUUCAAUUCUGUUUAUUAGGUAUUAACACACACAUAUAUGCAUUUACCAGUGCAUAACUUUUUAGUUUAGAUUUAAUGUAUACUUUCCUUGAUCUUAGUCACUUUGGAGGAAAGUGAUAGAUUUGUGCCAACAGAUCUUUAAAAAUUUAUAAACAUUUUUCUUCUAAGAAUUAUAGAAAACUGAACUGUUUAAUAUUUUCAAAAAUAUUGGGAAAUUUUUAUUAAUGAUUUUCAGCUUUAUGAUAUUGUAAUGGCUUUUUUGUUUACAGAUAAAAUGAAAGCAAACAUAUAUAUGUUGCAUAGUACCAUGUAGAAUUGUAUGGAUAUAUGCCACAUUUAUAAUUAUCUACAUAACUUCCUGCUGGCCUUUUGAAACUUGUAAUGUUUGAAAAUAAACUAAAACAAAAUAAAAGAUUGGUAAGACA